AUGGUCCGAUGAUGCGGUUUUGUUUUCUUUUUCCGACAUAUUUGAACUCUGUUAUCAUGCACAUUUCUUUUAUUUACUCUUGAAUUGGUAGUUAGAAAUUUACAAAUACACAUAUUACUCGGUGCGCUCUACUCAAUUUCAUGCCACCUAAUCCUUUGUCAACCAUACGAAAGCAAAUUUAAGUAACCCCCAAAUAUUGUGAGCGUUUUGUGUUUCCUAAAUACAAGGUUGUUAUGGCAACAGGCCUUUGUGAUAUUAAAUUUUAAUUAUAUUAGUAUUCUGUAAACAUACACACAUAAAUAUGUAUGUGUAUAGUGCAAAUUAGUUUUAAAACAAUGCCGCUUUUUACGAAGAAAUAUGAAUCAAAGCCAAUACCGCCCCGCGCGGCACGCUGUAAUACCGGUUGUCCUGCUAUUAGUGAGGAUUUAGAUGAAUUCAAAAGUAUUUCACUUAAUUUAGGUAGCAAAGAGUUACGUUUUGCUGACGGAAUAUGGAUACAUUCUACUCGCAAAACAGAUGCCGAUGACGUAACACGUUUGAAUCGACGCAUAAAAACUCUUGAAGAGGAGAACAAUAUGUGCAAUUUAAAAAUGGAAAUUUUCCUCGACUUAUUGGCUGAACAAACCACGGAGCUGAACAUUUUUAAAUCAAAAAAUAUAUGAUGAAACAAUAUACAUACAAAUUGUAAUAAAUAUUUUAAGAGACAACAAAUAUGUAUGUAUGUGUUUUGGAGACUUAUUUCAUUAUAGUUUUGAUUUGAACCGCCUUAAAUUUUGUUAUGCAUAUGUAUACAAAUUAAUUUUCGUAAAUAGCUUUAUUUU